GAGCACUUAUAGUUUUAGUACACACACAGACAUUUAACAAGCGACAGCAACAGGACUAUCAAAUAAUACUGGACUGGAUUAAAAAACUUUAUAACAGCUUCAAUAUGAUGCCUUUCUAACAACAUUGUGACUUUUAAGUCGUGACCAAUGUAAUUAAUUCGGUUUAAAGUAACUGUAUUUUCUUUUUGUUUGUUCUUUCGCGUUUCACGUCAUAUUUUCUUUUUACAAUCAUAUGUGAAAUUUUAGACAAAAUAGUAGGCUAUUGCUCGUACCAUGGCUGACGCAGCCCAAAACCAGAUGGUCGAGAUCGACCCGGACUUCGAGCCGCUCUCCAGACCCCGCUCCUGUACUUGGCCGCUGCCUCGGCCGGAGUUUCCCAUCCCCGCCGCCCCCGACUCCAACACAUCGUCCCCAGCUCCGUCAGACAAGCAAGAGUCCUCAAGCAACAGGGACUUUAUCAACAACCUCAGUUUGCUGGAAGAGAAUGAGGACUUCCCUGAUCAUAAGCCUCUCAUGCUGUGCAGAGAUUUCCAGUGCCAGGAGAACUGCAUCCACCUGCAGCAGAUCCCGAAUCUCCAGCAACAGGUGCCCGUAAUCUCUUCUCCAGUGGCCGCUGCCGCUGAAGCCGCUCAGCGCAAGAGCAGCUCGUCCAGACGCAACGCCUGGGGGAAUAUGUCAUAUGCGGACCUGAUUACCAAAGCCAUCGAGAGCUCCCCCGAUAAUCGUCUCACCUUGUCUCAGAUCUACGACUGGAUGGUGAAAAGCGUCCCUUAUUUUAAAGACAAGGGGGAUAGUAACAGCUCUGCUGGUUGGAAGAACUCAAUCAGACACAACCUGUCCCUACAUAGUAGGUUUAUCCGAGUGCAGAAUGAAGGGACAGGUAAGAGCUCUUGGUGGAUGCUCAAUCCUGAAGGCGGCAAAAGCGGCAAGAGGCCUAGACCCCGGGCUGUCUCCAUGGACAGCAACAGCAAGUUUGCCAAGAGCAGAGGACGAGCAGCAAAGAAAAAGCUUGAUCUUCAGGGAGGGGCUGAGGGGGGCGGAGACAGCCCAGGCUCUCAGUACAGCAAAUGGCCUGGCAGUCCAAACUCCCACAGCAACGAUGACUUUGAUGCCUGGACGGCUUUCCGUCCACGCACCAGCUCCAAUGCCAGCACACUGAGUGGCCGUCUCUCGCCCUUUAUUGAUGAUGAACUUGGUGACUCUGAUGUCCACAUGGUCUACCCGGGCCCUGGGUCAGGUGCCAAAAUGACCUCCACUCUCCCCAGCUUGUCUGAAAUGGCUGGUUUUCUCAGUCACAGGGGCUCUGAAAAUGUGAUGGAGAACCUUCUGGAUAACUUCAACUUGCUAUCACCUAAGAACCCAUCAGUGGGUUCCACAGGAGGGCCUGGGUCAGGAUCCAACCAGUCCUCACCCUCAUCGCUCAUGCAGCCCAGCCCUGGUUACUCCCCCUACAGUUCCCCAGAUCUGGCUGCAGUCAACCAGCAGACCCAACAAGACUAUCGUAAGUGUCUCUACAGUCAGGCAGGAAUGGGCAGCAUGUCCCCCAUGACGAUGCAGCCUCUGCCAGAAAGUAAGCCCUGUUUUGUUUCGGACCCAGGAAAAAUGGGCCAGUUUAACUGCACAGCAGGGCUGCUAAAAGAGCUCCUUACAUCUAAUGGAGAUCCUGUAAAUCUCAUGCCCUCAGUGGACACAGUUGUCUCCCAGUCAGCUGGAGGCAGCGGAUGUAUGUUGCCUCCCUACAGCAGUGGGCGGAAUGAACUUAUGGGAGGUGGAGCAUCUCACAGCCAUACUCUCUCUCAUCCACACAAUAUGGACAGACAAGACACAUCUCUGGUACUGAAUGGGCGACCGGUGCAACCUCUGACCGGCAUCGGUCACAGCGGUGCUGGUGGAUGCUUGGGGAACAUCAAGUCAGCCAUGCAGAUGCAAUAUGAAGGAUCCAGUCACCUUGGAGGUGGGCUUCCUCCUUACUGCAGUGUCAACAGCAACAGAUAUGGGUGCAGCCCAGGAAUGAUGCCCCACCAGCAACAGCAACACCUGGGGAAACUGCCCAGUGAUCUGGAUGGGAUGCCUCUGGAGCGAUUUGAAUGUGAUGUUGAGUCUAUCUUGCAUGAUACGCUCAUGGAUGGAGAAUCGCUGGACUUCAGCUUUGACCCUAUGGCCACCCAACAGGGGUUCCCAACUCACAGUGUAAAGACCACCACUCACGGCUGGGUGUCUGGAUAGGAGCUACUUUUAUUAAACUUAUAAAAUGUAACAACUCAACAGUAUCUGAAGUCAUAAAACAGGACCUUCAAAAUUACUUCUUAAGUAGUUUUGUAAAACACAUAUUUAAAAACUCUGUAGAUAACUAGAUGAUAUGUAAAGUGGCCUGUUGGGCAGUCAUUGAAUUUGAUUCUUUUGAUUUUUACAGGUAAAAAAAGAACUAUAGAACAGCAGUGCUGAGUGGCUGCCCAAACGCAUUCAAACACCUUGUCAGGGAAUGUAACCUCCAUUUUUCUUUCACUUUCUUCACGUUCAAAAUUUAAAAAGUGCCAGACCCAGGUGCCUAUGCUGCACAGCCAAAUUGACAAGCUUUAUUUUGCUGCCUUCUUACUGUAGAUAAUCAGUUGUCAAAUCAGGGCAAUGAAAACCUGAGGCCAUUACAUCUGCUGAAACAUAAACUUACCAGUGUCCACAUUUCAGUAAUGACACCUCAAGUUCAUUUGAUACACUUUAGAAAUGACUUCCAAUGGUAACACAUUCAUGCUGUGCUUCAUGGAGACUCCAUCAUUGGCCUUAAUAGGAAGAAAAACUGGGACAACAGUAGUCAGGAAUGACUGUAAAUAUAUUAAUUAAGAAAUAGUUCUGCAAAAACAUGACCUUGAAAACAUUAGGUAAAUUGUUGCAGACUAGCUCAGCAUAAUGUCAAAUUCAGCAUAUCAUUACACUUUCAUUUCUGUCUUGUUACACUUUCAUUCUGUCUAAGCAUAUUUGACGCAUGGCAGAUGUACUACAUUUCUAAUGAGUGUGUCACUAAUGAUUUAAUGACAACAGAUUUAAUGUUGUUUUGUAUAUCUGAGAGAAACUGGACUUGACAUUUUACAUAUUGGUAGGCUUACUAUUUCUCAUCUGAAUUAUAUACAUAUUUCCACAUUUUUAAUAAAUUCUUGAAAUUUUAAAAACAUAAAGUAGAACUAUGAGAAGGCUAUUUAUAUACAUACAUACAUACAUAUACAUAUUAUCACAAUUCUAAUUGCUGUAUAUUAUUGCCUUCAGUUUGAAGAAGAAACAGCUCACCCAAUAAUAAAAAAUGCAUAAUUUAAUGUUUUCCAAACCAAUAUUUAUUUCUUCUGUGAAAUACAAAGUUUACAUUUUGAACAAUAUCCUGGCUGCUCUUUGCCGUGUAAUGAAAAUGAAUGGGGACUAAGUCUCUCAAGUCUUUUGGUUUGUUUUGCAGGAUUUCUGUGAAAGAUUAAAAAUUUCAAUUGACUCAUUCCUUAUAUAUAUGUAUAUAUACAUACAUACACACACAUAUAUGUGUGUGUGUGUGUGUGUGUAUAUAUAUAUAUAUAUAUAUGUGUGUGUGUGUGUGUGUGUGUGUGUGUGUAUAUAUGUGUGUGUGUGUGUGUGUAUAUAUAUAUAUAUAUUUUUUUUUUUUUUCAUUAUAUGAGAACGAGCAGCCAAAACAUUCAUAAACAUAAUUAUUUUGUGUGUCAUUGAAAAAAAGUCACAGGUUUGGAACAACAUGAGGGCAAACAAAUGAUCCCAGAAUUUGACAUUACUUUUAGAUUUGGGGUCUUUAAAAAAUAAAUCCAGAGUUUCACCACCAAUGGCUUUUUUUCAGUGGUUAAUGUAGUUUAGAGCUACAGUGCUAGGUGACUCCAAUUUAAUAUGUUGCUGUAGUAAAGCUACAGAUUGUAUUACAUUUCUAUUAUAAUUCACAUCUCUCUCAAACUGCAGGUCCUAUGAUAUAUAUAUUCUUCAAGUUUGUGGUGGUUUUUCCAAGUCUGUGGUGCCUCAACUUUUGUUUUUCUUUUCCACUUCUUUUUAGUUUCUUAUUCCCUUUACCAUUAAUAAAAAAAAAAAAAUCACCCAUAUUCACUUCUAGACUUUAACAUUUUGUCCUGCAAAAAUUGCAGAUAUUAAUUGACAAGUAUUAAUUAAAGACUUGAAAAUACUUGAAAAAACGUUUUUCAAGAAACAUUGUUUUAAAGAGUGUUAUAAAAAAAAGUUGCAGACAUUUAGUACUUUGUAAAAAACUAAGAUAUGUAAUAUAUGUUUGGUUUUCAUUACUGGCAAAUUUUAAAAUAUAAUUUGCUUAAUUUUAUUAGAGGUGUUCAAGGAAGCUAACACUGUUUUCUAACCAGGUGUAAUGUGAUAGAUCACCAAGCCACUCAUGUUACUCUUUGGUAUUUUGGAUUCUGUUCCUGUGGCCUCGUACUGUGUACCACCCACUGUGAAAUGUCAUUGGUCCAAAAUCCCACUCUUCAUAACUCAGUAUAUAAAAUAAAAUAUUGGCUGUUCCAUAAUUUUUUUACUUUCA